CCAGCGUCAGCUGUUGAUUGGCUGCGGCAGGAGCGGGCGGUCCUGCUGGCAGCGGUUACCCGGGUUUCCGGUGCUCCGCCAGAGCCAGGGGGACGCCAUCGGUGGUGAGAUCACAAUGAAGAACCAAGACAAAAAGAAUGGGCCUGCUAAACACGCCAACGCGAAGAGCAGCCCGGGGCAACGGGAAGCAGGACCGGAGGGAGCCCAGGGACGGCCCAGACAGACAGCUCCUGCGGCGGAAGCUGAAGGUUCCACAAGCCAGGCUCCUGGAAAGACCGAGGGGGCUCAGGCAAAAGCAGCUAAGUCUGGCCCCCUCUGUGAUGUCUCUGAGGAGCUCAGCCGGCAGUUGGAAGACAUUCUGAGUACAUACUGUGUGGACAACAAUCAAGGAGGCCCAGGUGAGGAGGGAGCACAGGGUGAGCCUACUGAGCCGGACGAUGCAGAAAAGUCCCGAACCUAUGCGGCAAGGAAUGGGGAGCCUGAACCGGGCAUUCCAGUAGUCAACGGCGAGAAGGAGACCCCCAAAGGGGAGCCAGGCCCAGAAGAGAGCCGAGCAAGCGAGGAGGCUGGAGACCGAGACCGCCGGCCACAAGAGAAGAAGAAAGCCAAGGGUCUGGGGAAGGAGAUCACAUUGCUGAUGCAGACACUGAACACGCUCAGCACCCCAGAGGAGAAGUUGGCUGCUCUAUGCAAGAAGUAUGCUGAACUGUUGGAGGAGCACCGAAACUCGCAGAAGCAGAUGAAGCUCCUGCAGAAGAAGCAGAGCCAGCUCGUCCAGGAGAAGGACCAUCUCCGUGGUGAGCACAGCAAGGCUGUCCUGGCCCGAAGCAAGCUUGAGAGCCUGUGCCGGGAGCUGCAGCGGCACAACCGGUCCCUCAAGGAAGAAGGUGUGCAGCGAGCCCGUGAGGAGGAGGAGAAGCGCAAAGAGGUGACCUCCCACUUCCAGGUGACUCUGAGUGACAUCCAGCUGCAGAUGGAGCAGCACAAUGAGCGGAACUCCAAGCUGCGCCAAGAGAAUAUGGAACUCGCCGAGAGGCUCAAGAAGUUGAUUGAGCAGUAUGAGCUUCGAGAAGAGCAUAUCGACAAAGUCUUCAAACAUAAAGACCUGCAGCAGCAGCUAGUGGACGCCAAGCUCCAACAGGCCCAGGAGAUGCUGAAGGAGGCAGAGGAGCGCCACCAGCGAGAGAAGGAGUUUCUCCUGAAGGAAGCAGUGGAGUCGCAGAGGACCUGCGAGCUGAUGAAGCAGCAGGAGGCCCACUUGAAGCAGCAGCUCGCCCUCUAUACAGAGAAGUUUGAGGAGUUCCAGAAUACGCUUUCCAAAAGCAGCGAAGUGUUCACCACAUUCAAACAGGAAAUGGAAAAGAUGACAAAGAAGAUCAAGAAGCUGGAGAAAGAGACCACCAUGUACCGGUCCCGGUGGGAGAGCAGCAAUAAGGCCCUGCUGGAGAUGGCUGAAGAGAAAACUCUUCGGGACAAAGAGCUGGAAGGUCUGCAGGUGAAAAUCCAACGGCUGGAGAAGCUGUGUCGAGCACUGCAGACAGAGCGCAAUGACCUGAACAAGAGGGUACAGGACCUGACUGCUGGGGCCCACGGCUCCUUCACUGACAUUGGCACUGAGCGGAGGCCAGAGGCUGCCGCUGCCUCCAAGGAACAAGGUGUUGAGAGUCCUGGGGCUCAACUACCCAGCUCCCCAAGGGCCACAGAAGUUCCUGGCUGCCCUGGAGCACCAAGCACAGAAUUAGCGAGCCAAACAGGGCCGCGGCAGCCCACCUCUGCCACUGCCUAGAGAUCAUGGUGCUCGGGCGUGCUGGGAAGGGAGCAGCAGCCCGGUCAGGCCUGGUCCAUACAAGGCUUCCACACUGAGCGACCCAGUGCUCACUGAGGCCAAGGUGUUCUGACUUGGAGGGCAUUGGACACUUUGCGAUUUUUAAAUUGUGGGUUAGUCUUACAUGGAUUGGGCAGGUGUGCAACACAUCAUGCAGUUACAUAAUUAACACCUGUAGGUAUACAGUGGGCUUUCAUCAAGGGUAGGGUGUGCAGAUGAAGUUGGUGACUCUAGAGUCUUAGGAGAUUUCAUCUGUAUAGCUCCAUCACAGUGAGCUAGCAGGUCAGAUGAUUUGAACAUUUUCCUGCCUGAUUUUGAGGCUCAGACCCAUCAGCCCUUUUCAGAGCUUGUGAUGAGUGAAAACACCCAGGCCUGGGCUCUUCUCUUUUGUAAGCAGAACUUGGGCAGUUUGGGCUCUUAUUGCUUCUCUUGACCUGGGAAUGGUGUUCCUGGGCAGAGCCUUUGUAGGAACAACUGGCCGAUGAGCUUCCUCCUGCCCGAAACAAGGAAGCAUGGGGGGCGGUGCCUGUGUGGGAAGGAGCCUUUUUCCAGCACCAGUUGCCCUGCCUUCUGGUAGUGCCAGGUCCAGGCCAAUGUUGCUUCUCAGUUCUCAGUAGCCUUAUCAUUCACAGGUGCCUCUAGCCUGCACAAAUGAUUGAAAAAAGGUCACCCAAAGGAUUCAUUCUCCAGGUUUUUUUUUCUUAUUGUUGUUUUGUUUUGCUUAAGAGUUCGUAUUAAAGAUCUUCAAAGGAAGGAAGGAAGAGGGAUAUAUUAGCAGUGGUCCCAGGUGCCUGGCCUCCAGUGCCCCAUUUGGUACAAUCCUGUCAGGGUCCUUUGCCAUGUUGGUGUCGAGAUGCCCUGUUUGAGAAGAUAAGAUUAUUAAGAGAAAGGAUGAUGGUUUUGCCAUAAACUUGCCUAAGGGUUUCAGCCUGGGAGGCUACCACUAAUUAUCAUCACCGUCCCCAUGCAGCCAUUGCUGCACCCCAGAUCCAGAUGCCCCUUGACUUAUGGGCAGUUUUUUCUUUUUCUUUUUUGCUCCUACCCCAUCGCCUUCAGCUCAGAUGAUAAUUUUUGAGGACUGCUCUGGUGCCGUUUCCUAGCAUCCUCUUGGCCAAAAACUGAGUCCUUAGGUUUCAUGUCUUGCCGCCUGAGCCUCCAGGCGUCCAGCAGAUCAAGAAUGAAUUGUUUGGUUUUUUGGGUUUUUGUUUUUGUUUUUUGAGACAGGGUUUCUC